AGCUUCCUGGUUGUAAACUGCCUGAGAGUGCUGACAGCCAGUGAACUUCAAAAGCAGCCAGGAAAACCUUUCUCGCUAACUUUGGGAAGGAAUUCAAAAAUGCUGAAAGGUGCAGAUGAUGUUGUUAUGGAGCAUGAGGACUCUGCUUCCCGGCAUGGAGAAAUGACAAGUUGGGAUAUCAAUGACAUCAAACUUCCCCAGGAUGUAAGACAGAUAGAUGGGUUUCAAGAAUGGCCAGAUUCCUACGUAAAGCAUAUCUAUAGCUCAGAAGAUAAAAACGCUCAGAGGCAUCACAGCAGCUGGGCAAUGAGAAACACCAACAACCACAACUCUCGCAUCUUAAAAAAGUCCUGCCUUGGGGUGGUGGUCUGUGGCAAUGACUGCUCAACCUUGGAUGGGAGGAAGAUCUACCUAAGACCAGCCAUAUGUGAUAAAGCAAGGCAAAAACAACAGCGAAAAUGCUGUCCAAACUGCAACGGGCCCCUGCGGCUCCUUUCCUGCCGAGGCCACAGGGGUUACCCAGUUACCAACUUCUGGAGGCAUGAAGGACAAUUCAUAUUUUUUCAGUCCAAAGGAGCUCAUGACCAUCCACGUCCAGAAACAAAAUUAGAAGCAGAAGCAAGAAGAUCAACCCAAAAAGCACAAACAGCUUUUUCUCCAUCUUCUCCAAGAUUAAAAAGAAUACAGGAGAUUGAGUCUCUGACAGGUGCAGUGCUGACACAGGAGGCUCUGCCUUUUCUUCUCUCCAAGCCGGACGCUCACCUGCUACCAGAUAAUUUCAGGGGACACAUAAGCAAAAGCUCCCGGGAGCCAGUUCUGGGCAGCUGCUCUGGGUGGCCGCCAUACUCCAGAACCGGGGAGGACAUGGGCUCCGGAGAGGUGCCGGCCUGGAGCAGGAGCCCGGCCCUCAGGAGCACCCCCGGCACCGGGAAGCCUGGUGGUGGCCCUGCUGCCCCCUGCGCAGCCCCUUCCCCCCAGCACUGCGCCCAGUCCGGCACCCAGCACGCCCUGCCCAUGGCGAAGGAUGGACAUGGCCCCUUCAGGUCUAGCACUGGUCCUUUCGGGGAUGGAUCCUGUGAGGACAAAUCCCUACUGGCCUACAGCGGCGGCUGCCACCCUCUGCCGCCCUACCCUGUGCCUCAGGGAAGCCCCUGCCCCAUGGCAAGUGGGACACAGCACCACUGA